AUGAGUAGGAGGAACCUGAUGAACGAAAAAAAAUUCGAAGAGUAUGUCAAGAAUGUCAAUUGCUACAAACUGGCGUCGAUCCCCGAGAAGUUUUUGAUAAAAUUUAACAAACGCGGAAACAAAAGAAGGCACCGUGUCUGUAUGAGGGAAUCGAAUGAUAACACAGCUUUGAGGAAACGACAGAUUAGAGACAAGAUAUUGCCUAGAGAUGACGUGAGAUUGGAACUUGACGACGACUACGGAUUCGAUGUUAUACGUCAUAGACGUGAAAGACAACUCUUAGGAAGUGACUAUAUUUACGAAGUGCAUGAGCACCGUAAUGAUUUAUUUGAAAAGUACGAGAGAGGAGCUGAAGGAUUGUAUAAAGAAACCUUACUAAGAGUUAAAAGAAGCAAUAGUGCUGAAGAUCUCAUACACAAGUUGACCAAUUUACCUCCUUUAAGACCGCUAUCCGACGAAGUUUUUGCUAUGAUUGGAGAUUCAUUAUCAAUGGGCUGUUAUCCUUCCGGAUAUAACUAUAGUGACGUCGAACAGGAGAACUUAAAUUGGAUGACAGAUCGAGAUAAUGUUGAAAAUAAAAAUGUAUUUACAAAUGGAUCUGUACUGCAUUUGAGGAAUUUACUAAAGAGGGAUUCUGGUAUCUAUUCGUGCUACGAUGAUCUACGCGCCAUACAAAAAGUGGGUGUACUAAUGAGACAGUUGACGUGUGGAAAUUAUUGUUCCGUCAGAAUUGACGAACCUGUAUGCUUGAGGAAUAAGGAGGAUGACACUUAUUUAUUACGGACAAUAACGGUUUUAAUUCCUCAAUACAAACGGAUUGUAAAUUGUACUGCCGAAUGCCAAAGAAAUCUUAGAAGCUCCUUGGCAGUAUUAUUUGCCAGAAAUGCUCCAGUUUUGGCCUCUAUACCAGUCGUGAUGGCGUACUACGACGGCUCGAUACUCGAAGAAAUCAAAACGUGGACACCGUCUUCGCGUGUACAUAAAUCAUUUGUCAGCCACACUCUGAGGACGAGGGAUACCAACGGCCAUCAAGAGUAUAACUCACUGGCUGCAAAUUCUGAACCGAACAGCAUUCAUGUAGUCGUAGCGUGUCCCGCGGGAUUUUUCUUGGUAUCUACACAGAAAAUAUGUGGCAUCUGUCCACCGAAUACAUAUUCAGCCGAAGCAGAUAACGCUUGUACAUCUUGCCCGGAGGGGACCGUAUCAGAUGCAGGCUCCGGCGGAUGUCAUCUUACGUUGAGUCGUCUGCGUCGGUCUUUUUGUUAUGAACCAUGCAUAUUGGUGAAGACAAUCGGAUUUAUAACUCUAGUUACCAUUAUCUACUAUACAGCAUCGCGAUUGAGGCGUUACUUAGCUGUCUGUUGUAAAACGGAGGACCUGACUGAAAAUUUUUCUCCUAAACAGAAAGGGAAGCCACGUUCAUUUCAGGGAGGUCCAGCACAUCACGUGACCCACCAUUCAGAACGCAAAAAAUACCCACCAUUACCGCCGAUAGAUUUUUAA